AUGCUGCAUCUUGGGAAAGAAGAGACUACCUAUUCAUUGAUAAAACACCAAACUAUACUUGCUCAUUUAGUAAUAUCUCAUGCUAUAACUUUACUGAAAUACCACUGCCGAGACAAGGACAUAUGUGACCCAAGAUUUGAAGAUUGUGGUAAUUGCGCAAGUGAGAAUCAAGAUUACCUCUAUAAAUUCACAUAAAACAUGCAGAAAGAAAAGAUUUGGUAUAGCGUUAUAGAUAAAGAUAAAUGCCCAGGGAAUUGUUGCCCUAAAUUAGAUGAAAACUGCAGAAAAAGACUGGACAAUACAGGUUAUCCAUAUAUACCUGGGGAAUAAAUGAUAUUAAUUCAUGGGGGAGUUGCUGUGAGGAAUAAAUCAAUAGGAGUUAAUAAAACCAAUCUAUUUGAUUAUUGUGAAGACUAUUCGGCUAUUGUUGGAAAUGCCACCUUUGAAGAUAUUUUUAAGAACUGUGGAGAGGAGCUUCUUAAUGAUAUGUGGAGAUAUUAUGUUCAAAGAGAUUUAUGGACACCCAUAAAAUAUGACUAUAAUAGAUUCGGCCAUGCUGGAGUUUUCGUCUAGCUUGAUGAUUAGUAUACGAUCCUAGAUACAAUUAAUGGUACUCUCCUUAGAAGACAAUUCCUCUAUAUCUAUGGUGGAUUUUCAUUCGAAUGUACAAGUGCAUGUAAUGAUACUUGGAGAUAUGAGAUAGCCAUUGGUCCAUAUGCCUUUUAUCCCUCUGCAAAAUCUGAUUGGAUUGAUGCUGGAAAUUUCUGGACAAAAUUAUCAUAAGAAGGAUCUAACAAUCCUGGCAAAAGAUUUAGACAUAAUAUGAUAUCCUAUUAAAAAUUCAAAGAUGAUUACAAUCUUGUAGAAGAGCAUUUCUUGUACCUGUUUGGAGGAAUUCAGUGGGAGUAAGUUGAAUAAUAUGGAAUCUCAGGAAUUACUAGGCAGAUUUAUCUCUGGAAUAACUCUGCUAUCAAUUAGCCAAUUACUACAGAUGAAUUAACAUAAGAUGAUAAAUAUAACACGAAUAUCUAAACAAGAUAGGCUAAUAAUGUUAAUGACAUAAAGAGAUUUAACAUUCAAAUUCCUUCUGCCAGAGGAGGUCAUGCAAUGACACUCGUGGGAAAUCCUUUAGAAUAUAUAAUGGUAUUUGGAGGAUCUACAGCUGAAGUAAUUAGUUCUGAAGAUGUUAGCAGUGAUUUUUAAAAGUCUAAUUCUUCCUUCUCAAUUAAGAAGACUCUGAAAGAUAUGUGGGUAUUCUAUGUAAAAAAUUCUUUGUGGAACUAAGUUUUCCCUAAUUCUGAUGAUAAUCCAUAAGAACGAGAGUUCUCUACUCUUGUUACAGUUAAGGCAGAUAGACUAGUACUUCUUUAUGGAGGCUAAUAUGGAGAAAAAUUAUACAAAGAUGUCUGGUAAUACAACUUGAACACCAACAUGUAAAACUGUGAAGACUGCUAUAAUUGUACUUCACCACUUGGUCCCAAUGUCUAUACUAACCUAACUUGUGAUUACUGUGCUACGUGUGUCUAAGGAAGAUAUUAAGAUUGUGUAACAUGCACAAACUGCUCUGAUUGCAUUAAUUCUACUCUUGCUGAUAGUCCAGAUGGCUAUAAAGGCCAUGUGAUGGUAGCUACAAAGUCUGGCAUUGUUAUUUAUGGAGGAGCAUCAUGGAUUUCUACUAACUUAGAUGAGACAGAUACGAUUGAAGAAUAAAAGGAAAAGUUUUUGGAAAGAUGUAGAACUGUACUAGCUCAAAGAACUGGAAUAGAAUAAGAAAAUUCUUAAUCUAUAGGAGAAAAAUAUGCUGAACUUACUAUAGAUGAUAUGGGAAAUGAAAGAUGGGUAGAUCAAUUUAGGAAAACAAACAAUAAAGACAUAUAACAAUGGGAGAAGAUGUGUAUUUUUUAUCAACUAAAGAUUGCUAUCUAAAUUGUAGUGACAAUGGAUUAUGUGCAUUAGGUAGAUGUACAUGCAAAAAUGGAUAUCACAGUAGUGGAUGUGAACUAAAAAAUUGUCCAAACUCUUUGUGCUUUGUAGAUAUUGAUACAAUUGACCCACAACAAUGCUAUCAUUGUAGUUCUAAUGGUAAGUGCUAAAAUGGAACUUGUGUUUGCAAUGAGGACUAUUUUGGGCCAGAUUGUAGUCUAAGAGGGUGUAUUAAUAAUUGCUCUAAUACUGCUACUCAGAUAUAUGGUGAUUGUAUACAAGAUUUUCCUAUGGGAUAUUGCCGUUGUCAUGAAUGGUAAUUAAGAGGAGGUGAUGACUGCAGCUAUAAAUUUUGUUUGA